AUGAAUUGCAAUGGAGGUUCAUUAGGAUCCUAUACUGAGUCGCUUGGAAUAGAAGUUAUCCGUCGCUAUGUUCAGCAAUUCCUUGAAGAGCGUGAUGGUAUUCCCUCUGAUUACCGUGAUAUUAUUUUAACCACAGGCGCCACACAAGGGAUUAAAUCAAUUCUUCAACUUCUUAACUGUCCUGUUGACAAUAAGAAAACUGGAAUAAUGGUCCCGAUUCCGCAGUAUCCGCUGUAUUCUGCAACAGCCGUUGAACAGGGCAUGCAUCUUAUAUCGUACUUCUUAGAAGAAGAGACAAAUUGGGGACUUAACAUCAACGAACUCAAACGAGCUAUUGAUGAAGCUAAAGAAGUUUGCAUACCCCGAGCUAUCGUUAUUAUAAAUCCCGGAAACCCUACUGGUCAAGUAUUAACCCGAGCAAACAUGGAGGAGAUCAUAAAAUUCGCAUAUGAAGAAAAUCUCCUUAUUUUGGCCGAUGAAGUUUAUCAACACAAUGUAUAUGAAGACGGAAUAGAAUUUCACUCUUUCAAAAAAGUUCUUGUAGAAAUGGGUGGACCUUACAAAAAUAUGGCAUUAGCUAGCUUUAUGUCUUGUUCAAAAGGGUACACCGGCGAAUGUGGUUUGCGAGGUGGUUUGGUUGAGAUAUUCAAUUUCCCCGCAGACUUUAAAGCCAUGUUUUACAAAAAUUUGUCAGCCCAGCUAUGUCCAAAUACAGUGGGUCAAGCAGCGAUAUUCUGUCUGGUUAACCCUCCGAGAGAAGGUGAACCUUCCUAUGAGCUGUUUAUGGAGGAAAAGGCUCAAAGAGCACAACUGGUUCAUAAGGUGUUAAACUCUUUCGAAGGAUUUUCUUGCACAGUCAUACAAGAUUCAAUGUAUGCAUUUCCGCAGUUCAAGUUACCUCCCAAAGUAAUUGAGCUUGCUAAUGAGUGCGGAAUGUCCCCCGAUCAAUUUUAUGCAUUUGAUCUGCUAGAAAAUACAGCUGCAGGCGUUCCUGGACACAGUGUCGCUUGA